AUGCCGCUGGUGAAGAGGAACAUCGAGCCCCGGCACCUGUGCCGGGGGGCUCUGCCCGAGGGGGUGACGAGCGAGCUGGAGUGUGUCACCAACAGCACGCUGGCUGCCAUCAUCAAGCAGCUGGGCAGCCUCAGCCGGCACGCCGAGGACAUCUUUGGGGAGCUGUUUAAUGAGGCCAACAGCUUCUACAUGCGGAUGAACUCCCUGCAGGAGCGGGUGGACCUGCUGGUCAUCAAAGUGACGCAGCUGGACUCCACCGUGGAGGAAGUUUCUCUGCAGGACAUCAACAUGAGGAAGGCAUUCAAGAGUUCCACGGUGCAGAACCAGCAGGUGGUUUCUCGCAACUCCAUCCCCAACCCGGUGAUGGAGAUGUACCAGCGCUGCGACAAGCCCCCGCCACUCAACAUCCUGACACCGUACAGGGAUGACAAGAAGGACGGCCUCAAGUUCUACACCGACCCCUCUUACUUCUUCAACCUGUGGAAGGAGAAGAUGCUGCAGGCGACAGAGGACAAGAGGAAGGAGAAGCGCAGGCAGAAGGAGCAGCGGCUGGUGGAGGACUCCACCCGGGAGGUGAAGAAAGUGCGGAAAGCCCGUAACCGGCGCCUGGAGUGGAACAUGAUGGCGUACGAUAAAGAGUUUCGGCCCGAUAACAGGUUCUCACCAUCCCCAUAUCACAUGGCAUCAUCGGAAGGAUCACUGUCCCCAGACAAUAGAUCCUAUGCCUCAGACGCUGCCGACCACUCAUACCCAGCAAGCCCCAACCACCCAGCACAGCUGCUGGCCCCCGCUGCCCACCUGCCAGCUGAGCACAAGGAGGGGGUCCUGGCGGCCGUGCCCCCCCAGGAGCACGUCUACCGCCCGCCGGCGGGCAGCCGGCAGAACAGCCUCAACCGUGCCCAGCCGCCCCACGCACCGCAGCCCCCUGAGGCUGUGCUGAACGGGCCUAGGCCGCACUUGGUCAAGGAUUUUGGCCCACAACCAGUGCCGAUGGCAGAGUACUUCGUGCCGCCAGCCCCGCCGCCCCCACCACCCGUCAUCCCCUCGGCACAGACCGCCUUCGACAGCCCCAUGGCAGCCCCCGCAGCACUGCCCCCCGGCGCAGCCGCCCCCCCGUCCUACUCGCCCUCGCCGCCACCCCCCGCACCGCCCGGCCCCUACUCUGCUUCCCCGCCACAGGCCGGCCCCAUGGGCCCCCCUGUGGCCCCGCCGCCACCACCACCAGGGCCCCCGGCGCUCGCCGCCUCGCCGGCACACUCGGUGUCGCCGCCGGCCCCUGCCGCCGAGCUGCGGAAGCCAGCCAUCCCGCUGAUGCCCAUGAGCGAUGCCCGGAGCGACCUGCUGGCGGCCAUCCGCAGGGGGAUCCAGCUGCGGAAAGUCCAGGAGCAGUGGGAGCAAGAGGCCAAGAAAGAGCCCGUGGGCAACGACGUGGCCACCAUCCUGUCCCGCCGGAUCGCAGUGGAGUACAGUGAGUCGGACGACGACUCAGAGCUGGACGAUAACGAGUGGUCAGACUGA